CCGCUCGAAGGACCGCCCUCCCUGCGACCGACAUUACGCGAUUGCAAAUUUACCGAAACGACGCCGCGCUUCGAUUAGCGUGUUGUAGUCUGGCGCGACUUUUUCUAUCGUCCGGUAUUUUUUACGGGUCGUCUCUACACCGUUUCUUUAUUUACGGCUGUGUUUGUCCGAUGAUAAUUGCGUGAGGCCGACAGACUAAAGGAUUAGUCAUCGGUAUUCGUUGUACCAAAGAUGCUGGUGGAAACCAGACGAGAUGGAUAAAUUUGGAAAAGCUUGAGUGAAUUUCUGGUGGAAAUGAGUGCUUCUAAGGCUCAGGGUGGGCUUCCAAAGGGAGAGAUUGCCAGGAGUAGAAUGCUCGAAGAUCUACACCUAGCAGCAGAACUGGGCAAAACACUAUUAGAUAGAAACAAAGAACUUGAAGCAUUCCUGAAGGAAAAACAGACGACAAUUGAAGAUCAAAAACUAGAAAUAGAAUACCUCACCAAACAAACAGUAGCGUUAAAGGAAGUAAACGACUCGCGACUGCGCAUCUACGAACAACUGGAAGUGAGCAUCCAGGACCUGGAACGGACAAAUCACAGACUACAAUUCGAAAACAGUUCGGAAAAGAAACACAUCAAAAGUCUCAAUGCUACCGUUGAGCAAUUGGAGGGAAAAUGCGAAGAACUCCAAAGUACCAUCGACGAUUUAAGGAUACAAGUAGAUAUUCUUAGAAAAAAGGCUGCCAGAAACAGUGAUAUAGGAUUACCGAAAAGUGCCACUCCAAAAGAAGUAGUAACUUUAAGACACGUACAUGGAAGACCCGAAGAUGAUUACCCAACGAGUCCGGACCUAUCGCCAGCUGUACAUACAGAUCAGGUCAAUUGUACCAGCCCACCUAGGCCGGACACGCGACAAAGUGGAGACCCACCUUCCCUCACUCCGACAGAUCCAGAAUGUGACCAGACCAAUUCUGACGAAACCGACAACGGCAUGGAAGAAAUUGCCCAGCUCUUAGCACAGUUAAGGGAGACUAGAGCACAAUGCAGCAAAGACGAAAGGAUCAUUGCGGAACUGGAAGAGCAACUGUCCACCAUGGUGAGGCAGAACCAGGCACUUGAGAACCAAGUGAUACAGCUAAGCCACAGAGGCGACGACCUGAACAUGAAGAGCAUGCACGAGGAACUGACAACGUUGGACGAAGUCAGGCAAGGCCAGAUGUGCAGCAAAUGCCUGCGCGGCCUCGACCAAACCGACAGCGAGCUGGCCGAAGAGGAUGACCAGAGCAUGCUGGAUGAACUGAUGACGCCGCAGCAUCGCACCUCCUUCUCGUUGAACGUUCAGGACCAUGCCAACAACCAAUCUUCCCCCUUACCAGUCCAACCCGCCGCAAACCCGUACAAGGUGCUGGUGGAGAAGUACGAAGCCUUGGUCGAGGUCCAUCGCAACCCCGUCAGGGCUAACAAGCACGAGGAAGAGACCCAGAUGUCCGGAGACUUCAGCCAUCCAACAGGUGCAAAGGACACAGACGAGGAAAGUGGACACGAUGGAAGUUUACGAACAGCUGGACAAAGGAAACAGGCUAGGAAACUGUUCUCCACGCCUACGGACUUCUCCGAAGCGGAAACCAGCUCCUCGGGUUUCGCGGACGAGACUAGUAACAAGGGAACCCAAACCGAAGGGCGCGUUGGGUCGUUUUUGUGCACCAUAGCCGACGGAGAGGACUGCAAGUUCAGUAUUUACGACGACGCGAGUCCUCUAGAUUCGAGAUUUAGAGACAGACCCGAGUAUAGAGACUUGUUCAAGGAGAUCUUCCGCGUGCUGAAGAAGGCCGCUGAAAAUAAGGCUGAAGGUGAUGAAUUACCUUUGCUGGAUGAUGCUGCCAAGACAGCAACAGCGGCACCUCCAGCUACACCGAUGAACGAGCAGCAAAUGCCGGAAUUUCUGGAUGACGAUUCACAAAGCGUUAUGUCUUCGACCAUGUCGGAAUUAUCGACCCAGAACGAACCUGCUGGUAUAAUAGAAAACAUUAUUCAAGCACAGAACCAGCCUAUUCCUGAAGUCGAAUCUGCUAGUUGCUCUCUACCAACUAAACAAGAAUGCAUCUUAAAACCUCUAGUCCGUCAACCUCUGGAAUACCUUUCGGUGGAAGUGCGAAAAAGAUCGUCUUCUCGUCGCAAAAACAAGCAGCACGUUGAUCGUUCUGAUUCACCAGUAACUCACAUCAUUGGCAGUCCCAAAAUCACUUACUCCAGCCGACCAAACUCUGGGAGAAAACGUCAAACUCCCAAACAAAAUGCGCCCGCUGAUGAAAACGCUUGGAAUGGAAACACUUUACAGUUCUGGGCGACUAACAGGAACGUCGCUUGUCCAUCUCCUACUCCCAGUCAGGGUAGCAGUAAAGGGUAUUUCGAGUUUAAGCCAAGCCUAGCUUCGCAAGACCUGCACAAGCUUAAGAAACUGGACCUGUCUUACGCCGAAGUAUUGAGGAACGCGGAUAACAAAAAGAGAGAGCUAUAUAGACAGAGAAGGAAGUAGGUGAGGGGAGUACAGGAUCAUAGAGCUAUUGGUACUCGUAUUUCGGGGUUGGUAUUAUUUGCUCAACGACGAUGUUCAUUUAAAGUUGCAUCCAAGACAAUACUCUAUACAUACCUAAGUUUAAAUACAAGAGUUGAAAUUGCUUAAAAAGCUUGAUGUAGCACAAUGACAUAAAAA